GCAAUCUCUCUUGUUCAAGACGUUCCUCCUCGGCACGCUGUCGGGCAGCUUCUUCCUCUUCCUCACGACGUUUGCGCUCUAGUUCGAGCAGUUUUUGCUGUUCAUCGGCAGCUAAUUGUUUUUUCAACUGAGCUAUUGUAUGAUCGACACGUUGUACACAUUGUUGAUAGCAGACCAAUGCUCUGUCAAGUUCAAAUUCGAAGUCGCUGCUCCGACGGACGUUGCUGACUAGAGUUUCGAUGCUAUUCGUCGUCUCCCGAACUGUGCCAGUCCAUUUUUCUCGACUGACUGGUUGCAGUUGGUUUAUUACCGACAUCAUUUCGUGUGAACGAUCAAGUAGACUGAUCGACUUCCGGUAGAGAUCGAGUCUCGGUUUGAAUUGCUUUCGAGCGAUGUAGCCACGUAGAUGACUUUGAAUUCUGGUGAUCAACUGAGCUCGAUAGGCAAUCUUCCUUGCCACUGAAAUUGAAAGAACUUUUUGCUCCAUCUCAGAAAUGACUUAAGAUCUUGUUAACUCUCGUCCCAACCAAUGAACUGGAAAGCCGUUAG